CUCCACCCACACGUCCCUUGGGCGGUGCCGCCAUCACUGUCCCCCCAGCAACACCGCCUUCUCCGCGGCUAAGCCCGGAUCCCCUCCCCCGCCACUCUCCGCCCCGCUCCGUCCUGGGAGCCUUUCAUUGGACGGAGGCGCGGUCGAUCCGCCUCGAGUGAGAGAGACGAGUGGACGCGAGGCCUUCGGGCCGCCCCCAGCCUAUUUGGAUUGGCUUGCUGCGCGUUGGCGCAACGGAAGAGGCGGCCGGCGGAGGGUGCGCCUCUGCUUGAGCUGGACUGCCGCGGAGGAGGCGACGAGGGGUCCGGCGCUGGGGGGCUGGCUCGGGCGGCAGCGGUGGCUGCUGCGGAUGGGAGCGGGCCGGCUCGGCGUGCCCAUGGAACGCCACGGCAGAGCGUCCGACACCUCCGCCUCGUCGGCGGGGGAGCCGGCGCCCGUAGGGCCUGAUGGGCGGCGGCGGGAGCUGCUGCGGUGCCGGGCGAGCAGCGCGUCGGAGCCCCCCGUUGGGGCCUCGGCUUCGGCCGAGGGCGUCAGACGAAGCCGGCCCGGCUCCUACAGCGGCGCCCCCUCGGCCUCCCGCCAGCGCGUCGAAAGCCUUAGGAAGAAGCGGCAGCUUUUUCCGUGGUUUGGCUUGGAUAUUGGUGGAACCCUGGUCAAGCUGGUUUAUUUUGAACCCAAAGACAUCACUGCUGAAGAAGAAGAGGAAGAAGUGGAAAGUCUUAAAAGCAUUCGGAAGUACCUGACCUCCAAUGUGGCUUAUGGGUCCACAGGUAUUCGGGAUGUGCACCUGGAGUUGAAGGACCUGACUCUGUGUGGACGCAAGGGCAAUCUGCACUUUAUACGCUUUCCCACUCAUGACAUGCCUGCUUUCAUUCAGAUGGGCAGAGAUAAAAACUUCUCGAGCCUCCACACUGUCUUUUGUGCCACUGGAGGUGGAGCGUACAAAUUUGAGCAGGAUUUCCUCACAAUAGGUGACCUUCAGCUUUGCAAACUUGAUGAACUAGAUUGUUUAGUAAAAGGAAUUUUAUACAUUGACUCAGUUGGAUUCAAUGGACGGUCACAGUGCUAUUACUUUGAAAACCCUGCUGAUGCUGAAAAAUGUCAGAAGUUACCGUUUGAUUUGAAAAAUCCAUACCCUCUGCUUCUGGUGAACAUUGGCUCUGGGGUUAGCAUUUUAGCAGUAUAUUCCAAAGAUAAUUACAAGCGGGUCACGGGUACCAGUCUUGGAGGAGGAACUUUUUUUGGUCUCUGCUGUCUUCUUACGGGCUGUACCACUUUUGAAGAAGCUCUUCAAAUGGCAUCUCGUGGAGAUAGCACCAAAGUGGAUAAACUAGUUCGAGACAUUUAUGGAGGGGACUAUGAGAGGUUUGGACUGCCGGGCUGGGCUGUGGCAUCAAGCUUUGGAAACAUGAUGAGCAAGGAGAAGCGAGAGGCAGUCAGUAAAGAGGACCUCGCCAGAGCAACACUGAUCACCAUCACCAACAACAUUGGCUCAAUAGCAAGAAUGUGUGCCCUGAAUGAAAACAUUAACCAGGUGGUAUUUGUUGGAAAUUUCUUGAGAAUUAAUACGAUCGCCAUGCGGCUUUUGGCAUAUGCUUUGGAUUAUUGGUCCAAGGGGCAGUUGAAAGCACUUUUUUCGGAACACGAGGGUUAUUUUGGAGCCGUUGGAGCACUCCUUGAGCUGUUGAAGAUCCCCUGAUCGUUACCUGGGGAGGGGUUCCUGGAACAUUCCACAGUGGGAUCUGUGAACUUUUGUUUUUUAAGAGACUUACUCAAUUUUAUGAUUGUGUACUACCCGAAUCAAAGCAAGAAAGGACAAGUGUAUUUUUCUAAGUCAUCAAGAUAAAUCCUUAAAAAUUCAGUCUAAACUAGUAACCAGUAAGGAAAGAUACAUAUGUAAAAAAGUGGACCAUGUCCAUGGCAGUGAGGAUCUUCUGCUGUGUUGAAGUUGCUCUUCAGUAUAGCUUUGUUAACCUGCCAUGUAUUUUUAAAAUUCAGUGUCACUUCUGGAGCCACUUCAGGGGAGCUGUUCUGUGUUCAGCUGACUGUGGUUUUGUGUCCUGUUGAACUUGCUAGAUGUAAGGCAAGCACUGUAUGUUGUAAUCUAAUCACAAUGUUGUCAAUAUGGCCUUGGAGAUCAUCAUCUGUGCAUUAACUGUGGUGUGCAUUUAGCCUUUUGUGUGAACAUACUGAAAAACAUGUUUUAUUUCAAGGAUCUGCAAA